AUGGCAGAGCAGCAGCAGCUCCGCGUGCAGGAAGCAAUCGACUGCGUGGUGAAAAGUCUGGAGAGAGAGAACAUCCGGAAGAUGCAGGGCAUCAUGUUCCGGUGCAGCGCCGGCUGCUGUGAGGACAACCAGGCGUCCACGCAGCAGGUGCACCAGUGCAUAGAGCGCUGCCAUGCCCCCCUCGCGCAAGCCCAGGCCCUGGUGACCAGCGAGUUGGAGAAAUUCCAGGACCAUCUGGCCCGGUGUACCAUGCACUGCAAUGACAAAGCCAGAGACUCGAUAGAUGCAGGAAAUAAGGAGCUUCAGGUGAAACGGCAGCUAGAGAGCUGUGUGACCAAGUGUGUGGAUGACCAUGUUGAUGUAAUUAACAUGAUUAAUUUUAAAGUGCGAACAUCGUUGUCUUCUGUGUGUAAGAACUUGUUUGCCUCUCGUUCUUAG